CAAUAGUAAUAUAAUAAUAUAAGAAUAUCAAUAUUUAUGAGUAUCUCUACAAGAAAGAAAUGGCAGCAAAUAUGUUGGACCUUUUUCUUUGGUUUUCAAAUGCUUAUGGGGGGCUAAUUUGCACCUCCUCAAACCUGUGAAAGUGAAUGGAUAUUAGUUGUCUCCUGAUUGCCUAGAAAGAAAAAAAGACGAGAAAAGAAAAACUACCGGGAAUGACAAGUAACGCAGGGUCACAUGUAAUAGGGAUAUUAACGUAAAUAAACAGAAUAACCUGUCCUAUACAGUUGAUUCCCCAAACUGUUGUCCACUCCAUUAUUGCAGAGAGAGAGAGAGAGAGCAAUGGCCAUUCACUCUCUCCUAUCGUUCUUUCUUUUGCUUCUAUUCGUUGUGCCUGCAACAUUUUCUCAUUCUGACCAAUCAAAUACCUUCAUCGUCCACGUGGCGCAAUCGCACAGGCCCGCCGUCUACAACUCUCAGCGCCACUGGUACGCCUCCAUCCUCCGCUCCCUGAGUCCCUCGCCGCGGCCGUCCCACCUUCUUUACUCCUACGACCGCGCUGUCCGCGGCUUCUCCGCCCGCCUCUCCGCCUCCCAGGCCGCUCAGCUCAGCCGCCUUCCCGGCGUCCUCUCCGUCGUCGAAGACCGCGUCCGUCACUUGCACACCACGCGCACGCCUCACUUUCUCGGCCUCGCCGACUCGUUCGGCCUCUGGCCCAACUCUGACUACGCCGAAGACGUGAUUGUCGGUGUCCUCGAUACCGGGAUCUGGCCCGAACGUCCCAGCUUCGACGAUGAUGGACUCUCUCCGGUUCCCUCUAGUUGGAAAGGCAUCUGUGAGACGUCACCCGAUUUCCCUGCCUCCGCCUGUAACAGGAAGAUCAUCGGCGCGAGGGCGUUCUACAAAGGGUACGAGGCUGCUUCGGGCCAGCCUAUCGAUGAGUCCGAGGAAUCGAAAUCUCCAAGAGAUACAGAAGGUCACGGAACACACACUGCAUCGACGGCCGCCGGAUCUGUGGUGAGAAACGCAAGCUUUCUCGAGUACGCGAGAGGAGAAGCCAGAGGCAUGGCUACCAAGGCGAGAAUAGCUGCGUACAAGAUCUGUUGGAGCUCAGGGUGUUAUGAUUCGGACAUUCUCGCGGCCAUGGACCAAGCUAUUGCCGACGGCGUCCAUGUGAUUUCUCUCUCUGUUGGAGCCACUGGAUUCGCCCCGCAGUACGAUCACGACUCCAUCGCGAUCGGAGCUUUUGGCGCGGCGGAGCACGGCGUCCUCGUGUCCUGUUCGGCAGGUAAUUCUGGUCCCGAUCCGUACACUGCGGUGAAUAUUGCGCCAUGGAUUUUAACAGUUGGAGCAUCUACGAUCGAUAGAGAGUUUCCGGCGGACGUUGUCCUAGGAGACGGGAGAAUCUUCGGCGGUGUUUCACUCUACUCCGGCAAUUCGCUUGGUGAUUCCAAGCUUCAGUUAGUAUACGCUGGGGAUUGCGGUAGUAAAUUUUGCUACACAGGGAACCUGGAUUCAUCCAAGGUUGCGGGCAAAAUCGUAAUCUGCUAUCGUGGAGGCAAUGCGAGAGUAGCGAAAGGAAGCGCUGUGAAACUCGCCGGCGGCGCCGGAAUGAUCCUUGCAAACACGGCGGGGAGCGGCGAGGAGCUUAUCGCGGAUUCGCAUCUCAUCCCUGCCACGAUGGUGGGCCAACUCGCCGGCGACAAGAUCCGAGACUACGCCGCAAGGGAUCCUUCGCCGACAGCUACGAUCGUAUUCCGCGGGACUGUGAUCGGAGCAUCUCCCUCGGCUCCGAGGAUAGCUGCCUUCUCGAGCCGCGGCCCGAACCACCUCACAGCGGAGAUACUCAAGCCGGACGUCAUAGCUCCCGGAGUAAACAUCUUGGCUGGUUGGACCGGGUUUACGGGUCCAACCGAUUUGGAUAUCGACCCUAGACGGGUCGACUUCAACAUCAUCUCAGGCACCUCCAUGUCGUGCCCGCACGUGAGUGGCUUAGCAGCUUUGCUUCGCAAGGCCUACCCGAAGUGGACACCAGCUGCCCUAAAAUCUGCCCUCAUGACAACUGCCUAUAAUCUGGACAACUCGGGGAACAAUAUUACGGACCUUGCCACUGGUGGGGAAUCAUCACCGUUCAUUCACGGAGCCGGACACGUGGACCCCAACAGAGCCCUCGACCCCGGGUUGAUCUACGACAUCACCACCGAAGACUACGUGGCAUUCCUCUGCGCCGUUGGAUACGACUCAAGGAGAAUAGCAGUUUUCGUGAGAGGGCCUGCUAGCGUGGAUUGCGGUGCACGGAAUCUGUCUACUCCCGGAGAUCUGAACUAUCCGUCUUUCUCCGUCGUUUUCGAGUCGAGCAAUGGGGUGGUGAGAUACAGGAGGACGGUGACGAACGUCGGGAGCUCCGGCUAUGCGGUGUACGAGGUGAAGGUGAGGUCUCCACCGUCCGUUGGGAUCACCGUGUCGCCGAGCAAGCUUGUGUUCAGCGCGGAGAAGCAAACGGCGUCGUAUGAGGUGACGUUCUCCAGCAGGGGGUGGGAGGAUUCGUACCAGUUCGGAUCGGUGGAGUGGGGAGACGGGAAGCAUCUGGUGAGGAGCCCAGUUGCGGCGAGGUGGCGUAAGGAGUGGGUUGCUUCCAUGUGAGUGAAAAUCCAAGGAAGUAGAUAGUGGGGACCUUCAAUUUCAGUGGGGGAUCGAAAAGAGGGGUGGAUCGGAUAGUGAUUGAGCUUCCUGAUGAGGUUGGAAGGAAAUGUGUGUAGGUGGGGUAAAUGGGUAUGUGUUAAUUUUCGUUUCUGAAUUGUCAAUUUAUUGUACAAAGCAGAGGAGAUUGAUGGGCUGCCUUUCCUUUUCAUGAGAAUCUUGUUUGGCACUUUGGCCUUUGGGGGAAUGAGGGGAACUGGGAAUGUUCAAUUGCUUAAUUUCAAGUUACUUGGUUGGUAUUUGUAGCCAUAAGAAUGUAAUAAAAUUAAUAUUUUGGCCUA